AUGAACAAUCCGGCCAAGUGCGGCCGCCGAUCAGGAGCUGAGUGUCCCAACUUUCGUGUUGGCACGGCUCCCUGCACCAGAGAUGAUGUUAUGACUGCUGAGAAGAGGCCAGUCAUCGUCAAGCACACUAUUCCUCUCGCUGUUGAACUACACCCAUCACGUCUUCUUGUUCAACGGGAGGACAACAAUAUUGUGGUACCUCAGUUUAAUUCGGUGGUUUGUGUUAGUUUCACUGUUCCUGAGGCACACCGUACAACGGGUGUGGAGGAUGCUGACAUGAUUCUGUACGCUGCCGCUGGUUCUUCAGCCGGCACCAACGUUGCGUGGGCGGGGAGCUGCGCCUCACUAAAAAAUGGGCGUCCUGUUGUUGGUGUCAUCAACUUUGCGUCUCAGUCAAUCGCCGUUAUGCGAUUCACAAUUCGCAUAACCGCGCAUGGGCUUGCGCAUGCACUUGGCUUCAAUUAUGAGCAGAUGGGUGCCCUCUAA